CAAAUUGAAUCUUUGGGUUUCAUCCAGGUGGUGCUGCGUCCACAGAGCCCCCCGCAGUCAGCUCGACAGCUUGCCCUCCGAAUCUUCAGUAAGGUGCGGCCUCCAGUCGGAGGCAUCUCUGUGAAAGAACACUUUGAGGUGAAUGUAGUCCCACUCACCAUUCAGCUAACGUACCAGUUCUUCAGGAGGAUGAUGGGUUUUUUCUUUCCUGGGCGAAAUGUUGAAGAGGAUGAAACAGGAGCUGAUGAAGAAGAUAAAUCCAAACUGGUGACAACAGGGAUCACAGUUAAUGUGAAGUCUCGCCAGCUGAUGGUGCCUGAGGAACCUGUUACCCUGGCAACUGGGAAAGGAGUCUCUGCUGGUUUAAACAGGGCUUCUGGAGUGAGGAGAUCUUUCAGGAAGCUUCCAGAGCAUCCAGUGGACGACAUUGAUAAGAUGAAGGAGAGAGCCGCAAUGAAUAAUUCCUUCAUUUACGUUAAGAUUCCACAGGUCCCUCUCUGUGUCAGCUACAAGGGUGAGAAGAAUAUUGAGGAUUGGAAGGAUUUCAACCUGGUCCUGCCCUGCCUGGAAUACCACAACAACACGUGGACGUGGCUGGACUUCGCUAUGGCUGUCAAGAGGGACAGCCGUAAGGCUCUGCUUGCUCAGGUAAUAAAGGAGAAACUCCGUUUGAAACCAACCUCAGGAUUGGAGGCAAGGGGAAGGAGCACGGAGCUUAAAGCAGAUGGUAAUAUCCAGCAACAGGAGAAGGAUGAGAAGGCGCGUCUGCUGAUUGGGUCAAAGCUAAUCUCUGGCGAUAAAGCCUCAGGCAAGAAGUCACUGUUUGGGAAACGCAAGUGAUGCCAGAGAUUGAUGGAUCAAUUCUCUCACUCUUUGCCUCCUUAGAGACAACACGGUGGGCUUCAAGAGGAAUAUAGUGCUGGGCAUUACACAGCCACUUGCUCCUCUCCACCAGACUCAAAUAUAACCCUGGGCACUUUCAGCUGCUGUAAAAUUGUGUAAAAAAAAAAAGUUAUUAAAAGCUUUUAAUAAACUGUGAUGUAAUUAAUAUUCACACUAAAAAGCUGCACUGUUUUGUAGUAACUGUAAAAUUUGUAAUUUACUGUUUUCUUUGUCUUUCAGCUGUAAUCGUGAUAUUUUAAAAAUUGAGCAAAUUAUUUUCCUUUCCACUUUACCAAAAAUGAAAGUUCUGGAAACUUUAGCCAAAUGACUAUGAACUGUCCAACAGUAGCCCAGGAAGCAAUGAAUCAGUUAACACAAUUGACUGGUCUCUAUCUUCAUUGGAUCCAGUUUAUGGGCGAGUACCUGAUUUGUGUUGGUGCUUUCUGCUGAGGCCUGUUGAUGCAUGAUCACUGGGUGAUUCAAGUUUGUAUCUGUCCCUGUUUAUGAACAGUCUCCCCUGUUACUAGGGACAUAGGCUGGGAGCCUUGUGAUGUUACCUGGAACACAGCCCCUUCAAAUUCCCACUCCAGUUAUGAGAGGGAAUGAACUGAGCUCCAGAUAACAUCCUCACUAUAAGGAUUGUUUUGUUUUGAGAAUGUAGAUACCCACAGGAACAAUACGAAGAAAGCAGCCACUCAGCGAGAAAAACUACAGAAUCAGUUUCUGCUAAUUCAAUAUUUUAUCAUUUAACCCUUGAAGGAUUUUGUAGGAAAUUUGCAGGGAGAAUUGAGCUUCUUUGAUACUGGGAGGCAGCUUUCUUUUGGUGAUAUUUCGUGGUUAUGGGAAAUUUGCUUCACCUGCCUCUUUACACUUUUCUUUGCCCAUGUUUGCAGGGGAGUGGCUAUUGGAGGAGGGUUUGUGGGUCUGUACACAAUACCCCAUUCUCCCAUCCCACCUUUUAACUUAAAGUCACCAUCGUGGUGCUUUUGGGAAGUGUUUAGUUCCCUAACCAUACCCAUACCCUAAAGUACAAACUUACAUGGUAAGCACCACCCCCAGUUUUUUUUUUAAGGUUUCAGCUCUGAGCACAGUUGCACGAGCCAUGUACUCAGGAUGGGCCAGUGGAAUCCUCACAUUGUUGUUAUAAUCAAUGCAUUGCUUUUUUAUAAAAAAAAAAGAAUUAUUGAUUGUUUUUAAGCAGGUGCUGCUCUGGGUCACAAGUUCCACUGUAACAAGUUCAUGAACGUAAAAAUGCAAAAGGCUAGGAAUAAAGUUGUUUUGUAACAA